AUGUCUGAAGGAGAGAAGCAAGCCACCAUAUCCGACAACGACAACCAAAUCGACUACGGCUCCGAAACAGAUAGGGAGCAGCAGCAACCACAGCGCCAGAGCGGCGAGGCCACUGGAAAACGCACUAUGCAGCGAACACGCCAGAACUUGCCGCAGUACAACAAUAACGGGCCGCAACAGCAGCUGGUGCCGGCUCAGGAUACGCGCGCAACGGGCAGUAUGGGCGGGCGCACCGGGGCCAUCCGCGAGUCGCGCAUCAAGGACCGACCUGUACCACAGGAGACGCGCGACAGCUCGCUGAAGAUCAAGAUUGAGUUGGACCUGGAAGUCGAGGUCGACCUGUAUGCCCGCGUCAAAGGCGAUGUGACGGUUGGACUCUUGUAAGGUCGGGCUACCUUUCUCGCAGGAAUAUGUGUUUUAAUGCGAGCAUUGUUUAGGCGGUAAUGGUUGUGUUGACGGGGGGGAGGAGCGGCCAUGCUCCUGCGACGGGUUCAAGGGCUGGGAUCAUGGGG